GUGGUCAGAACGGCGCGGGCGGCCGUGCAGGGUGCAGGGGCGUCCGGCACCGAGCACUCCAGACGGAGCAGAGACCGGCCGGCGCAGCGCGGACAACGAGGCUGGGAGAGUCUGACGAAGCGCAGCAGCCGGCGGUGACACCAUGGGCAACGUCGUCCCCAAGCUGACGCUGUACUUCAGUCGCGACCGCUUCGUCAUCCACGUACACACAGGAGACCGCAAGGCGGCCGGCACCGACGCCAACGUCUACGUGCAGCUGCGCGACUCAGCUGGCCAUGUGACUGCGCCUCGCCGUCUGGACCACUGGCUUUUCAACGACCUGGAGCGUGGCACCGUCUGCCAAUACCCGUUCCCGGCCGACCCGGAGCUGAAGGACGUGGACAGCAUCGUGCUGCGCCGCGACGGCGCCGGCCUCGGCGACGCCUGGUUCCUGGACCUGGUGGAGGUGGAGGACCGGCAGGUGCACUCUAAGUGGGUGUUCCCGGUGCACCGCUGGAUCCAGACCAGCACCGAGUACCGGAUCAAGCAGCAUGGCAUCAGUCUGCCGCAAGAUGACGAGCCGGACAUGCUGGCUAACCGCCAGGGGGAGCUCGCCAAAAAGCAAGAGGCGUACGAAUACACUCAGCGUAUCGAGGAUGGACCAGCACAGAUCAAGGACCUUCCGGAAGAUGAAAUGUUCUCGUUUUCCUACAAGUUUGACUUUCUGAAAGAGAAAGCACGUCUCUUGCUAAAGACGUCGACCAUCGGUUCCUCUACCAACAAGUGGGCGUCCUUCGCGGAACUGAUGAAGGCAUACCAAAACAGCCUCGGCGAGCCGGCAGCGAUGCAGUUCUGGUCGACGGACCGCUGGUUCGGUCUGCAGCGCGUGCAGGGCGUCAAUCCGGUGAUGAUAACGCUCUGCGACGCCAUCCCUGACAAGAUGGGCGUGGAUGAGGCCAUGCUGAAGCCCUUCCUGGAGGACCUCACGCUGGACGAAGCGCUGCGGAGCAACAAAAUAUUCAUCGUGGAUCUGCACAUGCUGGAAGGCAUUGAGCCUGUCGAGAAUACACAGCUGUGCUCUCCCAUUGCUCUCUUCUACCUGAACAAGAGUGACGAGCUGAUGCCUCUGGCCAUUCAGCUGUUCCAGAACAAAGGACCUGACAACCCGGUGUUCCUGCCCAGCGACCCGCCGAACCUCUGGCUGCUGGCCAAGAUGUUCUACAACAACGCCGAGGCGCAGCAGCACCAGUCGUGCACCCACCUGGGCUUCACGCACCUGCUGAUGGAGGGGGUCGUCAUCUGCACGCACCGCAACCUGUCGCCGUCGCACCCCGUCUUUCGUCUGGUGGCGCCGCACUUCCUCUACCUGAUCGCCAUCAACAGCCGGGGGCUGGAGAAGCUCAUCUCGCCCGGAGGCUGGGUGGACAAGGGCAUGACAGUCGGUGUCAACGGCAUGUUCGACCUCAUCAGACGAGGGAUAAAGACGUGGAGAAUGGACACGCUGGGCAUCGUGCCAAAACAGGUGGCCUCCCGUGGCGUGCUUGACCGCGCCGUGCUGCCCUACUACCCGUACCGGGACGACGCCUGCGCCCUCUACGCGGCGCUGGAGCGCUACGUGCGCGCCGUGGUCAGCAUGGUGUACAGCAGCCCGGAGCGUCUGAAGGACGACUGGGAGCUGCAGCAGUGGCGGCGUGAGCUGACUCGACCCCGGGACAAGGGCGGCGUCGGCCUGCUCGGCGUGCCCGGCGACGACGAGACAGGCUUCACCGACGUCUCGCAGGUGGUGGACGUCGUCACCUGCGUGGUCGCGGCUUGCAGUCUGGGCCACGCGGCCGCCAACUUUGCCCAGUACGAGGAAUACGGCUUCGUGCCCAACUACCCGGGCAUCCUGUACGGAAAUGCGCCGAACUCCAAGGAGGCGCCGGAGCCGACGGAGGACGACCUGAUGUCGUACUUGCCGAACCGAGUCACCUCCCGCGACAUCAUGGUCAUUACCAAGCUGCUCAGCUACCGUGGCACACAAAGUCUGGGCGACUUCGAGGUGCGCUACAUGUACGACCCGGUGGGCUCCGAGGCGGCGGAGACGCUGCGGGCCGAGCUGCGCGCGCUCAGUGAGACCAUCGCCGCCCGUAACGCCACGGCCGAGUACCCCUACCCGUGGCUCGAUCCGGCGUUCGUGCCCAACUCGAUCAGCGUGUAGGCGUGGGCUUCGGUUCUCUGCCGGGAUUUGGGCAGGCACGGGUGCUCUGUCAAGAUAUCGCCUGGCUUCGGGCACUCCGUCGGUAUGUAGACAAACCUCGUAUAGUGCGUCAAGGUGUGAACACGAUGCUUCCGAGGGCAUACCGGCGCCAGGCGUGCACGCUGAUGUACUGUGGCCCUCUGCACUGAGCGGGGUUGUGAUCCGUCAUGGUGUGGGUAUGAAUUUCCUUGGAGUCCAGGUAUCCCUGCAUUCCCCCGUAAAACUCGCCUUUUCCAUCAGGAAGAGGCCGAGAUGCGGCCGCGCGCUGUUGAUGAUAUUCUAUGAAGCGACGCUAGAUCAGUGCAUGGGCCAGGGACGAAGCCUUGGAGUGAGGUGUUCCAUCUUGUCGUGAUAAGAAGUGGUGGCGCUUCACGUACAUGGGCUUCACUUUGUAUCACCUUCCUCAGCUUUGGAAGACUCGCAGCCUGAGUAAUUUGUCGGCUAGGUAACGUUAUCGAGUAAUGUGCACCUGUGUCUGUUUAUAUUUCCCCACUCAGCUUAUCCACACAAAGUCGGCUGUCAACAGGUCCCUCGUAUUUAACGCAAGCCGAAUGACAUGCGGAAAAAUGUUGGAAGCGUGUUAGAUAUGAUUGAGUUGAUUGGCUAGAGCUAACCUGACGGGGUCGCGGUAGAGCAUGCUGCCGGCCUCUGUUUGUCAGCUAGGAAGGCGCCAGCCUGGACACUGUCGCUGGUCUGAUAUAAAAAAUACAUUUUGACCUCCUUGC